UGGUUUGGCAUGGACAUUGGAGGAACUUUGGUGAAACUUGCAUAUUUUGAACCUAUUGAUAUCACUGCAGAGGAGGAGCAGGAGGAAGUUGAAAGCUUGAAGAGCAUCCGCAAAUACCUGACUUCCAACGUAGCCUAUGGAUCCACUGGCAUCCGAGAUGUCCAUCUUGAGCUGAAAGACUUAACGAUUUUUGCUCGAAGAGGAAACUUGCACUUUAUUCGAUUCCCAACCCAAGAUUUGCCUACUUUUAUCCAAAUGGGAAGAAGUAAGAACUUUUCCACACUACACACGGUGCUGUGUGCCACUGGCGGUGGUGCUUACAAGUUUGAGGAAGACUUUCGCACAAUUGGAAACCUCCAGCUGCACAAACUGGACGAGCUUGACUGCCUUGUGAAAGGCUUAUUGUAUAUAGACUCUGUCAGCUUCAAUGGCCAGGCAGAGUGCUAUUAUUUUGAAAAUGCCUCAGAUCCUGAGAGAUGCCAAAAGAUGCCUUUUAAUCUGGAUGAUCCAUACCCAUUGCUGGUUGUUAACAUUGGUUCAGGAGUCAGUAUUUUAUCAGUCCAUUCCAAAGACAACUAUAAGAGAGUAACUGGAACAAGUCUAGGUGGAGGGACCUUUCUUGGUCUGUGCAGUUUGUUGACUGGCUGUGAAAGUUUUGAAGAAGCUCUGGAAAUGGCCUCCAAAGGAGACAGCACACACGCUGACAAGCUGGUUCGAGAUAUUUAUGGAGGAGACUAUGAAAGAUUUGGCUUGCCAGGAUGGGCUGUAGCAUCCAGUUUUGGGAAUAUGAUCUACAAAGAGAAGAGGGAGUCUGUUAGCAAAGAAGAUCUUGCAAGAGCCAUACUGGUCACCAUCACCAAUAACAUUGGGUCUAUUGCCCGGAUGUGUGCAGUAAAUGAGAAAAUCAACAGAGUUGUGUUUGUUGGCAAUUUCUUACGUGUGAAUACUUUGUCAAUGAAGCUUCUUGCAUAUGCACUGGAUUACUGGUCAAAAGGCCAGCUGAAGGCCUUGUUCCUAGAACAUGAGGGGUACUUCGGAGCUGUGGGUGCUCUUCUUGGGCUGCCAAAUUUCAGUUGAGAUACCAGAUGUCACUACACUGAACUGUUUUCCACCUGAAUGACACGUGUUUACAGCAAUGGGAACUAGAUCUGGGGAGGGGGCAAUUAAAUAGCAGAUUUUCUGUAACUGUUCUUACGAAGUGAUUAGCUACUGAAUAUUGCUGUUAUGAGGAAAGGAGUUUCGCUCUGGUGGGCAUUGAAAAGUGAA